GUAUUUACUUCACAUUCCCAUAGGAAGUGAGUGGAGCUGCUCUCAGCCAAUCAGAUUUGCGGAUAACGCUCCGACAACAAACAAAAGAUCGAGGCUAGCCGAGCUUAUUAUACUUUGUCGAUCCGUCUAGCCUAACGUUCGUACUUACUUUGCUCCCAGCGCCGACCUGCUCCUCUGCCUUUUCACCACUUUCCUCUGAUCCUGCGCGGCAGAUCGUCUUCUUCUGGCGUCUCUAUUUGUGGCUUUGUGUCACCUAAUGUCAACCUGAGCCAUUUCAGCGAUCGCUUUGCCUUUGCUGGCCGAGCUAAGCGCGUUAGCCAGGUUAGCUUCUCGGCUAACCAGCACUGGCUGCCUCUCUGCGAACAGCGAAGCCAGUUAGCUUAGCCUGCUAUCUAGCUAGCUUUGCGAAACCCCCUUUAAAACUUGACACUGACGGACACAAGUGGCUCUGGCUUGUUGCUGACAAGCCAUUUUACUAAAACUCGUGUCGUAGCCAUGUCUGGACAGUCGUCGGGCUGCGGGUUUUUGAUGUCGGUUGUUGUCCACGGAGACUCGGCUCUGAACGAGCAGGAAAAGGAGCUCAACCAGCGACUCCGACGGCUCUAUCCAGCCGUAAAUGAAAACGAGACUCCGCUCCCUCGAUCCUGGAGCCCGAAGGACAAGUUCAGCUACAUCGGGCUCUCUCAGAACAACCUCCGUGUGCACUAUAAAGGUCAUGGAAAAACCCCCAAAGAUGCAGCGUCUGUACGGGCCACCCACCCCAUCCCAGCCGCCUGCGGGGUCUACUACUUCGAGGUGAAGAUCAUCAGUAAAGGCCGAGAUGGGUACAUGGGCAUCGGCCUCUCAGCUCAGGGUGUAAACAUGAACAGACUCCCUGGUUGGGACAAGCACUCAUAUGGUUACCACGGAGACGACGGCCACUCUUUCUGCUCGUCCGGCACUGGGCAACCCUACGGACCUACGUUUACAACGGGUGACGUGAUUGGCUGCUGCGUUAACCUCAUCAACAACACCUGCUUCUACACAAAGAACGGCCACAGCCUAGGUAUUGCCUUCACAGACCUACCACCGAACUUGUACCCGACUGUGGGCCUUCAGACUCCAGGGGAGGUGGUGGAUGCAAACUUCGGCCAGCACCCGUUUGUGUUUGACAUAGAAGACUACAUGCGAGAAUGGAGGACAAAGAUCCAGGCCCAGAUCGAUCGCUUCCCCAUCGGAGAGCGCGAGGGCGAGUGGCAGUCCAUGAUCCAGAAGAUGGUUGCUUCCUACCUGGUGCACCACAGCUACUGUGCCACAGCUGAAGCCUUCGCCAAAUCCACCGACCAGGCCGUGCACGAGGAGCUGGCCUCCAUCAAAAACCGACAGAAGAUCCAGAAGCUGGUGUUGUCUGGUAGAAUGGGCGAAGCCAUCGAGACCACCCAGCAGCUCUACCCCAACCUCCUGGAGAGGAACCCAGACCUUCUCUUCAUGCUCAAGGUGAGACAGUUCAUAGAGAUGGUGAAUGGGACGGACAGUGAGGUGAGAUGUCUGGGAGGUCGCAGCCCUAAGUCUCAGGACAGUUACCCCGGCUCCCCCCGGCCCUUCAGCAGCCCCAGCCACAAAGCCAGCAGCUCCCAGCCCUACCUCACAGGGUUCGACAGCAACUGCUGUAAUGGUGUGACGUCUAACAAGAGCCACAGCUCCUCCCCUCACAGUCAUAAGCCCUGCCCCCCAGGCUCUGGCCCCGCCCCUCCACCGUCUGACAUUAGCCUCAACGGGAGUCGCAGCCAACAGCCCAUAACCAGUAACGAUGUGGACAUGGAGGUCGACCACUUCACCAACGGAGUGACAGAAUCGUCCUCCAACGGUUUCCUCAACGGCACCUCCAAACACACCGCGGAGCCCGACGACUGCGACGCAGACAUGGAGGUGGAGUCUGCUCAGUCCAAGAGGCAGCUGUGCGGCGGGAGCCAGGCGGCUAUCGAAAGGAUGAUCCAUUUCGGCAGGGAGCUCCAGAGCAUGAGCGAACACCUCCGCCGCGAGUGUGGCAAGAACUCGGCCAACAAGAAGAUGCUCAAGGAUGCAUUCAGCCUGCUGGCCUACUCGGACCCCUGGAACAGCCCGGUUGGCUAUCAGCUGGAUGCCAUUCAGAGAGAGCCGGUCUGCUCCACGCUCAACAGUGCAAUAUUAGAGACUCACAACCUGCCCAAGCAGCCGCCGCUGGCCCAGGCCGUGGGUCAGGCUGCCCAGUGCCUCGCCAUCAUGGCUCGAACUGGCAGCGGCUCCUGCGCCUUUGCCUCUGUGGACGAUUACCUGCACUAGCCCCCCCGAGUACAGCACCAACACUCUCCGAGGGCCUGUCCAGAAAUGCCUCCGCCCACCUCCUCCAUCAGUGUAGUCCUAUUAGCCGAGGAGACGCUCCUCUGCACGAUGUAGUAGAAAGCUGACCAUCUCACUCGCUUCUCGUUCUGCGACACGAACACCACCGAGGAUCCGGAGUCAUUUCUGGGCAGAUCUUUGGAGCGCCGACACACACACCCGCAUACAUUUAAAACUCAAACGCCACCUCCCUUCCCAUCGUAAAUAUGAAACUACACCGCCACCUUGGUUGCCCGCCACCCUCUCCUCCAGCCCCCCCGAGGCUGCAUCCUUCUGACUGACCGAAACGGCAGCCAAGAGCAGUUGACUUGAAAAUAAUCGAACUCGUGCGGACUCGCCACAGAUUAAAAAAAUGGGGCAGAUAGACUGGCAAAAAAAAAUAAAAUAACACCCCAGUCAAACAUAAAUGGGGAAAAUGAGGAGAAAAAAAAACAUCAAAAAAGAAAACAGACAAGUGACCGACCACCCUUUAACGUGGUCGCCGCAAACCAGGCAAACACACACAUGUAACAAACGCAAACAUGGAGUUAGGCCGCUGCUGAAAGCAGGUUGAAAAUCUCCACCAAACUCCGGCUAACGCGAGGCUCAGUUAUGGACGGCCGACUCCCCCUUUACCGUCUCCCUGCACCGACUCCUCCCCCCUCCACUGACUUCAGGAAAUCGGCAGAGCCUCGUGUGACGCAUGUGGACUCGGGACUUCGAAGAAGCCAGAGAGAAUCUACCGUCUCGACUCAACGUUCCCUGUUUUUAAUCUUCUGUUUAGUUUUUGUUGUUUCUUGGGCGACGUGGGGGAAACUUGGGAGGCGUGGUUACCUGGCUCUUGUUUUGUUUUUAGUUUAUCCAGGUUUACGAGGCUUGGUGCAGAUGACGAUGAUUAUUAUUAUUAUUAUUAUUAUUCUAAUUAUCAUUAUAUUAAUUGUUGUUACUUGCAUUCACAGUAUAUUUGUUGAGCGCCAGCAAGAGCAAGUUCCACCAACUUAUAAUAAAGGUCCCGAUUCCACCGAUUACCAGUGACGAGCGUGUGUACAUGUUAACGUUUAUAUAUGAAUUUAACAAAAUGGAAUUAUAUCAAUAGAGCGAGAUAUUUAGUUAUCCAAUGAAAGGAAGUUCAUUGAAAAAAAACAAUCCUUUAAUGCUUUGUACUGACACCAGUGACCCCUAAAGCUGCUGGUUGUUCCUGGUCCCCUACGGUUGCUUCAGGGUUCCUGCGCAGGUGGAAAGUUGGCGUAUUUGACUGUUUUCCAGGUCUGUAAAAUUUUGGAAACUGCUCUCAAGUCAGAGUUUUAGAAUUUCACAUGUUCUGGUUCCUACCUAGCCCUUAUUACAGUCUUGCUAAAUUUAUUGGAGAAGAUCUUCACACACUUCUGGACAAAGUCUGGAUUUUCUGAGUUGGAAAUCCUGUGCAGGAACCCUACGAUGAAAACCGACCGCAUUGUUCUUGUUAACCCCCAAACCCCCAGCUGCACAGCAGGUUUGAUGCAAACAUUGUUAAUCUUUAUUUUCGUAUUGAUGUCUAUGCUAAUCUUUAACUUACAAAGAACUCAGGAGCCAAAAUGUCCCUUUGUUCGUCCUCCUCGGUUUAGAACCAAGCAGCCGACUGACCCCGUGCCUCGAUCAUAGGUGGACUCAACUUUUCAGACUUGAACUCAGACCAGAGGAACUGAGCCGCUAAACGAGCUCAGCCAUUGAUUUAAAGUCGAACUGAAAUUUAAAUUAGUUUCCUCCUUUUAGUCUGUGCGAUAACACACAGGAGGAAAAGACACAUGAAAUAAGCAGCCAAUGGCAGGCUUAUACCCACAGUCUACAUCCGGUGAGUCUGAAUACUUCUUUACUCGAUGUGAAGGGGAACAGACAUCAACACAGUACAGGCUGUCAACUUUUGUGUUUAACUACAGACUGCAAAACAUCAUUGCUGUAGAAAUGAUGAUACAAGACAUUUUAACCAUCCAGAGAGCGUUGGUCAUCAGCUGUUGACACUUUAAGCUAGCUGUCCCUUUGCAGCAUUUGACAUUAAAGUGGACUGUUGUGUUUUUGUUUCACUUGAAAAGUGGAACCCACAAAGCUAGGCCAAGCUACUCAUCCUAGCUGACUAACUGUAGCACUGAUUCCCACUAUUAUUAUUUUAACUUCUGCUGAGUCAUUGGCUGGCCGCUAGCUAUUGUUAGCUAUCUGUCUGUCUGCCUGUCUGCCAUAGAUAGUGACAGUUAAAAGACGACACUAAAAACUCAGAGAUCUGAGUCAUGGCAUGAAAUAACUAAUGUACAGAGUCACAGAUCCUGUUUAUACUUGGUUUCUAUUAUCUGAAUGUUAAAAACACUCAACAAUGAGAAAAAACUCAAUCAGAAAAGAGUGUGGAUGAGGAAAAAGUUCAGAAAGACGGGAUCAGCAUGGUUUACCUAAUCUUCAGCAAACCAGAGGUGUGAAUCAGUUUUAAUAUCUGUAGCUAACGUUAGCAUUACUUGGAAACGCUGUCUACCGCUCUGGACAUUAGCAUGAUAAUUGGAACUUCCUGAUUUUAGCUAACAGGUUUGAUAUUAUGGUGGUCCUGAUGAGUCAGCGAACACUUUGAGAGGUUUCAUACUGGACCUGGAACUAACUGUGACCAACAUCGGUUCAGACUAGAUUCCUCUACUGACUGUCAGGAGGGUGAAAUGAGGCAAAUCGUCCCAAAACUCCUGUUACGUGAACUCGGCCUGAGAAGACAAAAUUCUGCCAAGGAUUCAUACACAUGUACAAUACCACCAUGUCUAGCAUCGAUCACAUAUUCUCCUGUUGUGUCGCAUCAGGACACGUUGGCCUUUAAGCAACAGAAGAUAUGCGGUCUAAUUUGUCCCAAACCAAAGCAGUUUAAAUGGUUUGAGAGAUCAGAUCACAACGCGUCUUGUUGGUCCGUUACACUUUGAUGUGUUGCUGUCUUCUUGUGAUCUGAUUUUCAUUUUAAAACAGCAUAUAAACAGGGUUUGCAGAGUAAAGUGUUUAAAUUACAGACUGAUGGUGGCCAGAUCACUGUACAAUCCGGUUUUGGUCUCCUUUCAUGUGGUUGGAUCAGGUUUAGCAUCUGCAUUUAGGAAAUGUAAAUAAAUCUGGCAGCAUCCUUGGCCAGAUCAGCAUCAUCACACAAACUACUGCAGCUUAAACCAGAAAAAAACAGCUCGCUGGUCACAAAUCAAGCAGAUAUUCACUAAUUUCUCAGCAAAAACCUCAUUUUAAUUUCAGUUCGACUUUAAUUUUAAGGAGCAGUAGUCACAUUUCUCUUCAGUUUUUUCAAAAUUUCGCAAACUGGCUCAAAGGUUGGUUUAUGUUUAGUCAACCUGGACUCUGUAGUAGCAUUUUGCUAUCUAGGUGUCAUUUCUGAAGCUGUUAAAACAACAUUCAGGUAUGAAAAGCCCUCAAGUCUGCCUGUUUUCAACCAUCUAUGUUCACCCAUCAUCCACAGAGCAGAACUCUCUGCUUCAGUUUGGUCCCUGAUCCUUCUCUGGCCUUUAACUUAGCGCGUAAAGCAUCGAUCGACGGUGACGGUGCAAAAAGGAAAACCUUAAAAAGCAUCCAGUAUUGUGAGCUGCACUGUGGCUUCACAUCAAACCAAAUACUUAAUACUAUAAGACGGCGUUGCAGCUGUGUGUUUUAGGCCUGUGUGUUUGUGCUCGCCACUCGCUGAGAAACAGGAAUGCAGAGGCUUUUGCGUGACACGUCAUCCAUCUUUUUUCCUCUAGUUUUCCCCAAGGGGUCCGGAGUUGACAUUUCUCCUCACGGUGGAACCGAGCUUUUCUGUACCUUGGUUUGUUUUCUCUUUAUUUUUGCGGAUCGCAAGCAGUCACAGCAUCGUUUAGAAAACUUCUUAGACAAAGUGUCUGUUGUCUCUUUCUGAGUAAGGUCUGAAACCUAUGCAUGCCAUAGUAAAGUGGUGGUAAGAUCAA